AUGGAAGAUUGGUUUUACUACAUUGGGUGGAUUCUUUCCGUCGCAACAGCUGUAGGAAACGGUUUUAUAGUUUUGCUUAUCGCCAAAAGGACACGGCUACGCUCUUCAUCUAACUGGCUCGUUCUUUCAUUGGCCUUGGCUGAUUUUGGGGUGGGCGUCUGUCUUUUUCCUUCAGGAUAUCUAUGCGGAAAGAUCGCUUGUAACAUGAGGGUUUACAUGGCGUCCUUCUGGUUCUUCACUCACUCGUCGGUCACAAAUCUUUGCACUUUGACUUGGGAUCGUUACAUCGCUAUCGUCCACCCGUUCAAGUAUAUCACCUGCAUGACUGCAAGGCGUCCUGGAAUAGCUAUCGCCCUCGCAUGGUCCGUUCCCUUCGCGAUAUCCUUGUCGCUUGCUUUAGGAAUGUAUGCUGCAUCCUCUCCUACUGCUUGGAAAAUUCUCAGACUAAUGGGGGUGUCUGCUUUUGACAUAUCAGCUUGUGUACUGCUUUUCUAUCUUAUUUCUCGCCUCCUCUUUGUGGCAAGGAGGAAGGCCCAAGAGAUGUCUGUCAUCCGGAGAAAUGAUGCCUUUAUAGAACUACGAAAUCCAUCAUCUGUUGAAUGCAUAUCUUCCUGCAGACCCAAAAAACCGAAAACGAAGCUUUUUCUGACCACCAUAGUAACUUUCUUUUUGGGUUGUCAUGCAGUGAUAAAUUCUUUUGUUCUUUAUAUGACAGUUUCAUCGGACAUUUCUAAUUUCAAUUUAUUCUCAGCGAUUCUUGUUUUGAUGUUGGUGAUAAACUCGGCUGUGAAUCCCUUGGUCUAUGCGUUUUUGAAGCAAGACAUCAAAAGGGAAUUGAAACUACUAGUAUGUGGAGUAAGAGAAAGGAAUUAA